AUGGUAUGGUCCGUAGACAUCUCGCUCGCAAUCCCACCCGCAUGGCGCACCGCGCCAGGCGCGACGGCCAACGGCAAGAGAGCAGGGCCCGCAGCAGCGAAGGGGAGCAAGAUCAUGCUCAGCCAGCUCCCGAUGGAUGUGGCCGAGAACGAAGUCGAGAUACUCUUCGCGAAGACGGUCGGCCCCGUGAAGGACACGUUCAUUGUUCGUCGCAUUUGGAAACCGGAAUCCGCGGCCCUUGCGAGGGAGAAGUAUAAUGGAAAGAUCGUUGAUGGCCGUCGACCGAUCAAGAUUGAAAUCAUCAAGGACGACAAUGAGAUACCCUCCGCCGCGCCCGAGAAGAAGUCGUUGUCACUGCUCGAACGCAUAGGUCAAACAUCCAAAUCCGUACAUGCUGCUCCCGGGGCUCAACGAACAGCAGCCAAGGCGCCAGCACAACCGAAGGCCACGAAGGCCACCCAGAAAGCUGCCCCGAAAACUGCAGCAGCCCAACGGCCAAUAUUCGCGGGGAACGCGAAGGCGAAGCUGCGGACGAAAAAGGGGCCGAAGCGGAUUCAAAAGCAGCAACAGCGGAAGGUAGUCACGGCGGAGCAACUCGACCAGGAGAUGGAGGACUACCGGGCGAGCACGGAUACCGUAUGA